UGACGUUGCGUUGCAUUUUGCUUUGGAUAUUUCGUCGGCAUUUUCUGCGAAAAUAUUGUUCUUUGAGUUAAAUAUAUUAAUCAAUAACAAGUAUGAAUCGUAGAAGGGGCCACGGAGAUGAAGAUGCGGACGGUUACGAUCGUCUUCACCGUAAAAGACGUCGUGUAUCAGAAAACCAGGAGAUAGAGGAUAGAUUAGAGUCCCUUAUUUUGAGGGUUGGAGAGAAAAGCAGCUCUAGUUUAGAGAGUAAUCUCGAAGGUUUGGCAAGCGUACUUGAAGCUGAUUUGAAUACGUUCCGCGUGAAAAUCCUUCGUAUCCUGACGGAAUGCGCUAUUCGUAUGCCAGAGAAGUGCACUAUCUACGCUACGCUCGUUGGUCUCCUUAAUGCGAAGAACUAUAACUUUGGCGGUGAAUUUGUAGACUACAUAGUUAAGACGUUUAAAGAAAACUUGAAAGCUGGUAAAUGGAACGCGGCUAGAUACUGUCUAAGGUUCAUAUCUGACUUGGUCAACUGUCACGUGUUGGCUGCAUCAUCACUACUUACUUUAUUGGAGACAUUAGUAGACUGUGCUAAUGAGGAUGGCGUACCGCAAGUUCGUAGAGACUGGUUUGUGUUCGCUGUUCUUUCCGCUUUGCCUUGGGUGGGUCGGGAGCUUUAUGAAAAGAAAGAGUCUCAGUUGGACCAUCUACUUGUUACCAUUGAAGUAUUCUUGAACAAGAGAAGUAAGAAACAUUGGCCAGCCCUUAAAGUAUGGUCAGCAGAUUCACCGCAUUUACAAGAAGAGUAUCUGGACUGCCUCUGGGCACAAAUUAAGAAGUUGAGGCAGGACAACUGGUCGGAGAAGCACAUUCCUCGCCCAUACCUUGCCUUUGAUUCUAUUUUGUGUGAAGCCUUGCAGCACACACUGCCAACCAUUCAGCCGCCACCCCACAACGAUGGCGACUCCUACCCAAUGCCGCGCGUAGUCUUCCGCAUGUUCGACUACACCGACUGCCCCGACGGCCCUGCUCCCGGAGCUCACUCCAUCGAACGCUUCCUCAUCGAAGAACACCUCCACAACAUCAUUGAAGCGUACCAUUUAGAACGCAAAGAAUGCGCCGCUCAACUACUCUGUUUCCCAUAUAAGGGUAAAAUACCCUUAGAGUAUUGUAUUGUUGAAGUUAUAUUCGCUGAACUGUUCAACCUGCCUCGGCCGAGGUAUUUGGAGAUAUGCUACGGGUCGAUUUUGAUUGAGCUGUGUAAGCUGCAGCCGUCAACGAUGCCGCAGGUGCUGGCGCAGGCGACUGAGAUACUGUUCUUGAGGAUUGACACUAUGAAUGUGGCUUGCUUUGACAGAUUCGCAUACUGGUUUGCAUACCACCUGAGCAACUUCCAAUACCGCUGGUCGUGGGACGACUGGGAGGCGUGCACACAGCUCGAGCCCGAUCACCCGAAGCCGCGCUUCGUCAAGGAAGUGCUCGAGAAGUGUCUGAGGUUGUCAUACCAGCAGCGGCUGAAAGACAUGAUGCCCGAAGCGUUCGCGUCCUUCGUCCCGCUCAAGCCAGAACCCAUCUACAAAUACUCCAUGGAGGGAGCUGCAUCCCUCCCCGGCACCGAAGCAGCCCACCAGCUAGUGGUCUGCGUCCGCAACAAAUGCACCCCUGAAGAAGCCCUGAACGUCCUCCGGGAGCUCCCCAACCCCCUCCGCGAGGGCGACCAGCCCUCAGCAGCUCAGGCCGCUCCACACAACCCGUUAAAGAUCGAUGUAUUUGUGCGGACCCUGCUCAAUUUGGGCAGCAAGAGCAUUUCACACAGUUUUGCUGCUAUUUCCAAGUUCCAUUAUGUUUUUAAGAUCCUCGCUGAAUCCGAAGAGGCCCAAAUCUGCAUCCUCCGCAACGUUUGGGAGCUCUGGCAACGCCAUCCCCAAAUGGUCUGCGUCCUCGUAGACAAGAUGCUAAAGACGCAAAUCGUUGAAUGCAGCGCCGUGGCUACGUGGCUCUUCUCCAAAGAGAUGGCUCCUUACUUCACCGGCGCGCAGUUGUGGGAGAUCCUUCAUCUCACUAUUGACAAGAUGAACAAGCACGUCUCCAAACUGAGCCGGGAACUGCAAGAAGCUCGCGCGGAACUCGCGAGGGCUGACUCCUCAAGCUCCGACUCUGAAGACGAGGGCACCAGCAAAAAGAAGAAAGAUCAGGACAAGCCCACUGAGGAGGCGGUCGAGCGCAUGGAAGAGCGUCUAGAAGCGGCGCACAUGGACCAAAAACGUUUGUUCCUGAUCGUGUUCCAGCGAUUCAUCAUGAUCUUAUCCGAGCAUUUAGUUCGGUGCGAUACAGACGCUCGAGACCCCAAUACAGGCUGGUAUAGAAGCACCGUCGGCCGUCUUCGACAGGUGUUCCUCGCUCACCACGAGCAAGUCCAGAAGUACAGCAGCACGCUGGAGACCCUGCUGUUCACGCAGGACCUCGACCCGCACAUCCUCGACGUGUUCCACCAGUUCCUCGCUCUCACCGCUUAGAUUACGUUAGUAGGAUUUUCAUAUUAUUACACCUAAAGUUUGGUAUAUUACAUUUAUUAAUAAAUUGAAGCUUAUGACAGAAUAAAAAAUGGAAGAACAAAACUGACUAAAAGGGUAACAAACAAACACAAAGUGUAUCGCUUUUUACUCAUGGAAAAUUUCGCGCUCAUCUGUUUAUGCUUCUGUGGAUUGUCAGUUGGCUUCACCGAUUGGACCGAUGUUUCCCAGAGUCCUCCAAAACAAGGAGUGAAAUCGUGUAUACAUAUAUUGGGAAUGUUUGGUUGUGAACAGUUUUUGUUCACUCUCACCGCUUAGGUUAGCGCUCUAAGGGGUUCGUUUACAUUUAUUAAUAAAUUGGACCUUAUCACUGAGCAAAA